AUGCGGUUCUUUCACCUAACCUCCUCCUCCCUUGCUGCCUCUCUCCUCCUCUACCUCCCUCGCCUGGCCUCCUGCCAGGGCGGCGAAUUCACCCUCAGCUGUCUUCCCCUGACAUACCAACGCUCCGAUCCCAUCCUCUUUCCCGGCGUUGUCUCGCCGCACACGCACGUCGUCGUCGGCGGCACCAACUUCAACCGCACCAUGUCCGAGGACCUGGCGCCGAAUGCGCAGAAUACGACGUGCAGCGUGAAUAUUGACCGGAGUAACUACUGGCAGCCGCUGCUGUAUCAUCUCAAUUCUGAUGGAACGUUUGAGGCCAUUCCGUUUCAGGGGAAUGUUUGUGUUUUCCUCCCCUGUGCUAUUAUUGCUGAGUGGUCGUUUACUGUUUUUUUUUGUCGGCGACAGGCAGUCUACUACCUGAACAGGGCUUGCAACUACACUGCUGGAGCGACUUCUUGCCCUACGAAUGGCUCUUAUCCGCUGGCGCCGCCUGCUGGGUUGCGCAUGGUGGCGGGUAAUCCGAUGCUGCGCACCUACAAUGACUCCAACUUCGCCCAGAGAGCUAUGUCCCACAUGUGCCUGACCGAAACAGACAGCAUCUACACCAAUUCUCUCCCCAGCCAGCCAUGUCUGAGACUGCGCGCUCAGACAUUCUUCCCGUCUUGCUGGGAUGGGAAGAACCUGGACAGUCCGGACCAUACCAGUCAUAUGUCCUACCCCGCCAUCGGCGACUACAACACCGGCGUCUGUCCCGAAUCCCACCCCGUCGCCAUCUUCUCCAUCUUCCUCGAGUUCUUCUACGACGUGUCCAACUACACCGACUACGAGAACUGGGUGUACGCCAUGGGCGAUCCGACGGGUUACGGCCUGCACGCCGACUUCGUCAAUGGCUGGACCGACAUCGAUGCGUUGCAGAAUGCCUUUGCUACCUGUACGGGCCCCCAGGGAGAGAAUGAUCCCGGCUGCUCUAUCACUGGUGGGCAUGUCCAGGGCGCUACGACGCAGCAGGACGCUUUCCCGGCCCCGGCGGAGGAUCUGGGUCUUACGGCGCCGAUUCCUGCGCUGCCGGGGAAUAAUCCUGUUACGGGGUCUGCUAGUGAUAGGCAGACGUCGUCGUAG